UUACUGCUUCAGCAGGUGAUGCUGUAGCUCACACGGGGCUUGGAGCAGCUCCUUACUUAUCUGGCUUUAAUUAGACAGGUGACCUGCUUUCAGCACCGGGACGCAUCGACAGCUCCGGGGGAAGAUCUGCCAGCCCCGCCCCGGCCCGAGCAGCCCUCGGCGGUGUCAGCAGCAGCAGCUGGUCGGAGCAGAGUGGAGCUGUCCACGCAUUCAGCACGGAGCUGCAGCACACGCACCAACACACACACCCACUACACACACACGCACACGGCAACACUAGGAGAUAACUCACUCCUGGGCUCUCCGAGGAGACUUAUUGUACGAUGGCGUCAAAAUGUCUUGGCCCUUUCGUCCUUCUCCAGCUUCUUUCUCUGAUUGUAGUGAACCAGAUUUCUGCCUUCCCCACACCGACAGCCUCCACGGAUGAUAAAGCUGUGUAUAAUAGAGAGUUGACAGAAGAAAGACCAGUACAACAGCAGAUUGCUGAGGCAGACAGCGUGAAGGCUGCAGUACAGUCAGCUGAGAGCAAGCAACCCACUGCCUCCAAGGACGCAGAGCAGGAUAGUGAUGACUUUACCAUGCUCAAGUCUUUGGCCGAUGGCCAGAAAUCAAAAGAGACCUCUGGAGUGCUACUGAAGAAGGAGGAUCAAUACGUUCCUGAUGAAUCAGAUUCCACCAAGACCCGGCGUCUUGCUGACGACUACGACUCGACCAAGAGCGGCAUGGAUUAUGGCAAGUACCAAGAUGACCCAGAAAGCUUCCGCCAAGUUGACGGCACUCCGCUGACAGCUGAAGACAUUGUUCAGAAGAUUGCCAACAAAAUCUACGAGGAAGAUGACAGAGGGGUAUUUGACAGGAUUGUCUCCAAACUGCUAAAACUGGGGCUGAUCACAGAAAGUCAGGCAGAUACUCUGGAGUACCAGGUGGCAGAGGCUCUUCAGGAUCUCAUCACCAAAAAUGCCAAGAACAAUGAGAUUGAGGACAUUGAGAGUAAUGACCAAGACACCAGGGGAGACCAAGACGACCAGGAUUUCGACACGGAUGCGUGGGAGCCCCCCAGACGUCGGUACAAUGAAGAAGAUGAGGAGGAAGAUAAUGAUGGGAUUGAUGAGGUAGACAGGGAUGCAGGGGAAGAUGUGGACACAACUGAAGACACUUGGGACAAAAAUACAGAGGAAGGCAAUGAGGUGAGCCCCGAAGAUGGACUCCAGGACCUGCAGUACUUCCCAAACUUCUACCGUCUGCUCAAAAGCCUUAAUUCAGAACAAGACACUCAGGAGAGAGAGACACUGAUUACUAUCAUGAAGACGCUGAUUGAUUUUGUGAAGAUGAUGGUGAAGUACGGUACCAUAACGCCAGAGGAGGGUGUGUCAUAUCUGGAGAACCUGGAUGCUAUGAUAGCCAUGCAGACAAAGAACAAACUGGGAAAAUCCCUCAGCCUUCCUGACAUCACUGGACCCAAUGGGAAAAUCUUGGACGAGGAUGACAACACCAAAGCUGAGGCUGCCAAGAUGCAGAAGGAAUACGAGAACCUAAAAGACUCGACCAAAGAGGAGCAGCCAUCACCUGAGACCAAUCAGCCUGGCAAGUCAGAGGCCUAUCUGGAGGCCAUCAGGAAGAAUAUCGAGUGGCUGAAGAAACACAACAAAGAAGAAGGCAAAGAUGAUUAUGACCUGUCCAAGCUGAAGAAUUUCAUGGACCAGCAGCUUGACACGUACAUCGAGAAAGGCAUCAUCGCCAAAGAUGAGGGCGACACAAUCAAGAGAAUCUACAGCAGCCUGUAACAAGAUCACCAAUCUUCAAAGACUACGCGACAGAAUCUAACACUGAGACAGCCCUUAAAUCUCUGUAUGCUUAUAAUUUCCCAUACUAUAAGUUAUGUACUGUGUAUUAAAAAUGAGAUGCUUAGAGAACUCUCACAGCCACACACCAAGAAAUUAGAUCUGAUAAUCACAACAAAAUUUAAAGUUUUCCCUUCAAUUAAUUCUUACACAACUGAUUUUAUUUGCACACCAAGAUCAGGUGAAUAAUUACUAGAGUAAUAUAUUGGACUACUUUCAUCAAUCCUGAUGCUACCGCUUACUCCAACCUGUUUCCAGAGGGAAGUGAAUGUAAUGAGAGUAUGAUGUUGUAGCUAUAAACUCUUUCAAAUACAUUUUUGCAACAGACAUUCUACUCAUUAUGUGUAACAUGUUAUGGCUUAUACCCCCCAGCGUGUAAACUCCUAAUGUAACCCUGCUUUUUACGUUUAUCAAAAUAUAUCUGUGGUGUAUCAUGUUUGUGUGCGCUGGUCCGUUCUGUUGUAAUUCGUCCGGAGCCCACUAGGGGGCAAUGUCUGAAUCAUCAGUGCUCUGCAUGUUUCUUCUGAGUUAAUUUAUAUCUCUGUAGAAGCAAAAGAUGAAGUAUUUUUAAUUGUAAAUAAUUGUGAUUUUUUUUCCUAAAGUUGUAAAAGCAAUUAAAAUAUUGCCUUUUC